ACGCGCUUACAAACAGCCGGCAUGGAUCAGAAGUCCGGGGAAACGGCCGAGGCCUAUCACGCCUGGAUGCUGGCUUGGAGUACCGAAGCCAAUCAACGGCCAGAUGCAGUAGCAGCCGCAGAAAAGAAGAAGGCGGAGGAUGUCCAACAGGCACGUCUGUUGGCAAUCGAACAGCAGCGCCAGCACGACGAGGCAGCAGCAAAGGCUGCCGAUGAAGAACGAACUCAACGACAUGAGAAGAUAUUCAACGGGGAGCGAGCUUUGCUCACAAUGGCAGCAGACUGUGGGGCCGAGGCCGAGAAUGGUAAGAUGGAAGAGAGUGAAAGCAAGAUCGCUCUACUCCUCUCCCAUAUCACGGAUCUCCUGGCAAUGUGCAUUGCACAGCAGGAGGACAUCCACAAUCUCGACGUCGCAGUUCAGAUAUACAAACGGGCGUUUGAUCAAGUCAACAGCUGCCUCCAGCAGCUGCAGCAACGACCCGUCACCGCCCCCGAUGCCAGCUCCUCCAACACCUUUGAUCACCUCAAUGCAUUGGAGAUCGACUUCGGAGCCCUCAAGGACGAUGUGCAGCUACAGCAAACCGCCACGCAACAACUGGAGCAGCGGAUCUGUACUGCCGCCGCCAACCCGAGUUCGGCACCACGCGAGUCAACUCCAAAGUUCGAUGACCAGGGGAUCUUCUGCGAUUCGAUGAAGAUGGACCCGACUUCGUGGUUCCAAAAGUUCGAGCUCACGUUGCAGCUACACCACUACGGGGUGGUAAAUGGCGACUUGUACACCAAGAUUAGCGGGGAUGAUCUAAAUGCGGCGUGGCAUAAGCGGCUCCAAGUAGAGCCGCCAGAGGUCAAGGCAAUAGACAAGUUGAUGACCUUCAAAGAAGGCACGCUGUCGAGUGUUGACUGGAUUGCCGAGUACCAACGCUUGACAUCGAUCCCAGACAUUCAGAUGGGCUUCAAAGUUGUUAAACACUACUUCAUCUCGAGGUCGUGUCCGGCGUUGGGCAACGCGUUGACUCACGUCGAGGACAACCUGACGACAACGGCGAAACUCUUUGACAAGGCCGCACAGAUUAUUGUCACGAACAAGGAGGCUAAGAACCUCAACCAUUCGUCUGCUGCAGGCCCGAGUAGAGAUCAGCAUCGGCCGAAAGUGGUCGUGGUCGUGGCGUCAACGCCAACCAACCAAUCUAGCGAGGCCAUGUCUGCCAAUGAAGGGGACAGACUCGCAGCCGCCCGGGAUGGUGGCCGCCCCGGCAGAGGCCCAGGACGCGGCAAACCAAAGACAAACACCACAUUUAUCCCCGGGCUCAGCGCAACAGCUCCAACCCCAUGGACCCACUACGGCCUCUAGGAGCAAGCAUACAAGCAACGCACGAGAUACCGCUAUUGCCUGUGGUGUAACAGCAAUCUCCACGA